AUGGCAAACAACGUCAAAGAUAUGCACAUCUGCAUCGCCGGCUCAGGUAUGGGCGGCCUUGCCUGCGCCCUCUCCCUCGCCCGUCAAGGCUUCACCAAAAUCUCCGUCUAUGAGUACGCCUCCAACCUCGGUUUUGUGGGUGCAGGCAUCCAACUGGCUCCCAACAUGGCUCGCAUCCUGGACCGCUUGAACGUCUGGGCACCCAUCCAAGCCGAAGCUGUAGAUCUCAAAGACACUUCGAUUCGCCAGGGCUCCUCUGAUGCCGAGCUCGCAAAUGUAAAGCUGGGGUAUGUAAAAGAGACGUACGGAUACCCGCAUAUGGUGGGACACCGCUCCGGUCUGGCUGGAGAAAUGUACAAGGGUUGUCAAGAGGAGGCUGCAAACAUCACAUUCAACUUUUCGCACUCGGUGCGAAAAGUACACUCGUGGAGCCCCAAAGUCAAGUUUGAGGUCAAGCCCAGAGAUGCAGAGGCAUACGAGGUGGAAUGCGAUGUUCUCCUCGGAGCCGAUGGCGUAAAGUCAAACGUCCGCGACCAGAUGCUGGAGCUGCUCAACAUCGAUGCCAAAGUAGUUGAUUCGGGACAAGCAGCAUACAGAAUCAUGCUCAAGAGAGAAGACAUGGAAGACGAUCCUGAACUCCUCGAACUCAUUGAUGCAGAAAGAGCAACUCGCUGGAUAGGUGAACGCCGCCACAUCAUCGCUUACCCGGUCUCGAACAACACAAUCUACAACCUCAGCACUGCACAGCCUGAUGUCAAUUUUGCUGCUGCGCCUUCAGCUACCUAUACCACCAAGGGUAGCAAGAAGGAAAUGUUGGAUGUGUACUCUGAUUUCUGUCCCAAGGUGCAGAAGAUGCUGAACAUGGUCCCCGAAGGCGAAGUCUGCGAGUGGAAGUUGAGAGUACAUGCGCCUCUGCCUACCUGGGUCCAUGGAAACAUGGCUUUGGUGGGUGAUGCUUGUCAUCCUACUCUGCCGCAUUUGGCUCAGGGAGCUGCUCAAGCUAUUGAAGACGGUGCUGUCUUGGGAGUUGUGUUGAGCAAGUUGCCUGAUACCAGUGCUAAGAGCAUCAACAAAGCUUUGAAGGUGUAUGAGGAAUUGAGAAAGAGUAGAGCCGAAGGUCUUGUUGCACUAGCAGCGGCGAAUGGAAAAGAAAUGCAUUUGGGUGAUGGAGCAGCCAAGGAAGCUAGAGAUGCGGCUUUCAAGGCUAUCAGAGAAGGCACAGAGGGAGCCAAGGUGCCGGAUAGGUGGGCGGAUGCUGAUGUGCAGAAGAUGAUCUAUGGGCUCGAUAUCUGGAAGGAGGCUGAAGAGCAGUUCGACACUCUGUUUGCUGCUGCUUGA